AUGUCACAUCUUGAAUAUAAUAAAGAACCCGAUUUCAGCGCAUAUCGCAAAAAUGCAUUAAAUGCAUUACAGCAAAUAGCUUCAGAAGCAAAUAUUUUACCAAAACAAAAAAACCUUUUAAUUCGUCCAAAAAAGAAAUUAAUCAUCGAGUCACCUUCAUAUUUCCAUUUUGAACAUUCAUCAUCAUCACCCCCUCCGCAAGAUCAUCCACAACUUGAUACAUCAAUUCCUUCACAACCAUCUCAACAUUCUGUAAUUUUUAAUUCAAUUCAUUCAAUUAAAAAUAUCGAUUGGCCGAACGAUGAUGACGGUUGGAUAGUCAUUAAAGGCGCAAUUGAAAAGGACGAAGAAAUUGACUUGAAAUGCAAAGAUGAAUUCGAUGAACUUCACUCGUAUGAAAUUUUAAAAAAGGGAGGAGAAUCCAUUGAAUGGUAUAAUGGAGAGCGAAACAUUGAUCAAUUUGGCAAGAGAUCUAAAGAAAACAAUCAAACUUCAAAUACCAUGCAUCAUUUGGAAGAUGAUGAUGUAUAUUUGUUUAUGUAG